AUGGCAACAGGCAUAGCCAGACCUUUCGGCAGUUUGGCACACAAAACAACAAGAGGUCAUUUGGAAGCAAAGCAUCAAAUAAAGAAGACUGGUUUUCGGCAUUUUGCGUCAACUGUAUCGUCUGAUGAUUUCGCGAAUGUUGAUGACAUUAGAAAUCCAAAGCCGCCCAUUAUUAGCAAGGAUGAGGAACAUCGCGUCGAAACACAACGAAGACGACUUGCAGAUGUCUUGAUUUCAGAGGUUUUGGACGCAAAGCACGCCCAUCGUUGGGUAAAUCCAAUAAUAAAACAUGGCGCUACGCUACGGGAAGCUAUUGAAGCAGUGAUUGAUGGAGGACUUAGCGGAAUGAUGGUAGUGGAUGACCAUGCUGGCGAGCAGAAGAAAGUGUUGGGGCUUCUGACGUCUCGGGAUCUAUUAAGAGUAAUGAAUUCUGGGAUUAAGGACGAUGAAUCCAACGACGAGAUUAUGAGUAGGCCAAUCAUAGACUUCAUGACUCCGAUCAGUCAAGUGGUAUAUGCUCGUCCUGAAGAAACGAUAGGCAUGUGUCGAACAAUCAUGUCGAAGCUCGGAAUCAAAUGUCUACCGAUUCUUUCCAGCGAAGGACAAGUGGCGGGCCUCAUAACAGCACGUGAUAUGUCAGAUUUCGGAUUGACGGCUGCAGAUAAAGGUGGAAAGAAGAGCUUUCUCGAUGAUGUCUCGUCACGAGUCGGACUUUCGAGCAAUACUAGCAUGGCAGAUCCACCAUUGUUCAUGCAGGCACACUUGACGCCAGAACGAUCGCCAUUAUACGUCAAUAUGGGUGUCGCAGAGUUGCCACAUCCAUUCAAGAGGCCAGAUGGCGUCAGCGGAAACCUAAGAGAGCACGGUCCGAGCGAUUUUGCCAGCGAUAAUGAUCUCUCGGAAGAUGCGCAUUUUAUUGCUACAGUAAAGCUGCCAGAUGACAAGGAAGGCACGCUGCGAGAUUUGACAUAUUUUGGAGUAGCAGACGGAGUUGGGAGUUGGCGAGAGUACGGCGUUGAUCCAAGAGACUUCUCUCAUAAGUUGAUGGAGGAAUGUGAAAACGUCUUGUUGGAAGCGUGUCAUCGAGCCCCCAAAAAAGGGAAACUGUCAAAACGCGUGAUCGCACCUGCUGACAUUCUGGAAGAGGCGUACGAGCGUGUCAAGAAAGACAACAUUAUUGGAUCCUGCACCGCAUGCGUGGCCUUCUUCGACAACACUAGACACCAGCUGCACUUUAGCAACCUUGGAGAUUCGGGUAUUGUUAUUCUUAGACAUAUCGAUUCUUCUCAAGCGGGAUCCCUCAAACGAGACAAAACAAUACCUCGACUUGAAAGAUCAUCUGACCUGAAAGUUGCUUUUGUAUCCCAACAACAGUUGCACUCCUUCAACCAUCCAUAUCAGCUCGGGUGGACGGGUGAAGAAAUGCGAGAGAAAUCUUCCUUCAAAACAGCUCAAGAUACGUGCACGACUUCUGUUCACGUUCGUCGAGGCGACAUUAUUAUUAUGGCGACUGAUGGUCUCUUUGAUAACAUUGACGUAAACGAUAUUGCAGAUGUUGGUCUGGAAUGGGAAAACCAGGUUGGUUUGAUCCGAGGUGGGGAUAUUGCUGCCCGCGAAAAACGAUGGCAAAUGGGCAAUUCCUUGACUUUACUAUCUGCAGAACGGGUAGGGGAACUAGCACAAGAGCUGUGCGAUAAAGCAAGAGACUACAGUUUAGAUUCAUCAUUGGACUCGCCUUUCGCACUUCUUGCGAAGGAAAAUGAUAUCAUGUGGAGUGGAGGCAUGCCGGAUGACUGUACUGUCAUUGUGGCCCAUGUUGUCGGGCGGUCUGCAGAUGACGUGAUGGAUAAAGAUCAUCUCUAG